AUGACUGGAAAAGAAUGUCGCGAGAGUGAAACUUCCAGCGGAACCAGUGAAUCUGACUCGUCUUCUGACGGAGAAGAGGAUACUAGUCCACAGAAUGACACAGUGUUCAACAAAUACACCAUGGCCGGUGAGAUCACCAACACCGUGUUGAAGGUAAUUUUUAUUUUGAUUGGUAUAUUGUUGUUUAGGAAGUUAUCGCUCAAGUGAAGGAGGGAGUUACUGUUGGAGAACUGUGCGAUCUUGGAGACAAGAGAAUUGGUGAAUUGACCGGCAAGUUGUUCAAGAAAAACCCCAAAGUUAGCAAGGGUAUUGCCAUGCCAACUUGUGUGUCAGUGGACAACAUUGUCUGCCACUAUUCUCCAUUAAGGAGCGAAGAUGCUGUCACCUUGAAGGCUGGUCAGGUUGUAAAGAUCGACUUGGGAACACAUGUUGAUGGAUUCACUGCCCAGGCGGCUCACACUGUUGUUGUUGGAGCUUCCAAGGUGUGUAUUUUUAGAUAUUUGUUUCUUUUUAAAUAUUAUAAUGUUCUUGAUGUCUUUUAACUUUUAACUAUGUCUUGAAUUAUGAAGAAAGUAUUGUUUUUAGGUAUGUAAGCGAUAAAACAUAACCGGUUUUUUGCGACGAGUAAUAAUUUUUUUCUUGCAGGACAACAAAGUUACUGGCAAAACAGCAAAUGUUAUCCUCGGAGCUUACAAUGCUUUGGAAGCUGCCCUCAGAUACCUAAACCCAAACAAGGAGAAAUCGAGUCAAGAUGUAACUGAUGUUAUUGACAAAGUGACCAAAAUAUACGAGGUAAAGCCUGUGGAGAACAUGCUCUCACACCAGUAUGACAAAUAUAAGAUUUCUGGAGAAAAGCAACUGAUCCAAAACCCAACUGAUGAUCAGAAGACGAAAGUGGAGAAGUUCAAGUUUGAAAACUACGAAGUUUAUGGCUUGGAUAUCUUGAUCACGACAGGAGAUGGUAAGUGUUAUAUUAAUAUGCGGAUGUUUUGGAUUUAAAUUUCAAAAAUAUUUUUACGCGAAAACGGAUGAAGACUAUGGGGUUCGUGGAGUAUUUUCGGCACUUUUGUUUGAAGUAGUCUGGAUUAAAUUUACUUUUUAACUUCAUUUAUUUGGUUUUAGGUAAGGUGAAACAACACGACACUCGCACCACCGUUUUCAAAAAGAACGAUGACUUUGUUUACUCGUUGAAGAUGAAGAUCUCCCGUGCCUUCUUGACCGAUGCCACCAAGCGAUUCCAGAACUUCCCCUUCUCUUUACGAUCGUUCGAAGAAGAAUCCAAGGCCAAAUUGGGAAGUGUUGAGUGCUCGAACCACGGUCUUCUACAACCCUACCACGUUUUAGUUGAUAAGGACACCGAAGUUGUCGCCCACUUCAAGGCUACCGCUGUUAUCCUCCCGAAUGGUAUCAUCAAGUUGUCUGGAUUGCCUUUGGAGACAGAUUUGUAUCAAACUGAUGUCAAGAUCGAAGACAAGGCACUGGCAGCUCUAUUACAAGAAAGCCUAAAGCCCAAGAAGAAGAAGGCUGCUGCUAAGAAAACCGAAGCCAAGUAA